AUGGCCAGCAGACUCCGUUUCUCCGCCCUGCCUCCCGCCCUGUGUUUCUCCCUCAUGCUCCCCGCUCUGAUACUCCUCCACCUGCCCGGCACGGUGCAAGGGGACUGCUGGCUGAUAGAGGGGGAUAAAGGCUACGUUUGGCUGGCUAUCUGCAGUCAGAACCAGCCACCGUACGAGACCAUCCCCCAGCACAUCAACAGCACGGUCCAUGACUUGAGGCUGAAUGAGAACAAACUCAAGGCUGUGCUCUUCACCUCCAUGUACCGCUUCACAAACCUUACUGACCUCAAUCUUACAAAGAACGAGAUCAGCUACAUCGAGGAUGGAGCCUUUGCUGGACAGGCCAACCUGCAGGUUCUCCAGCUGGGCUACAACAAGCUGACAAACUUGACUGAGGGCAUGUUGAGAGGUCUAGGUCGAUUGCAGUGCCUCUUCUUGCAACACAACCUCGUUGAGGUCAUUGCCAACAAUGCCUUCUGGGAGUGCCCCAGCCUCAGCAGCCUUGACUUAUCUUCAAAUAAGCUGGCCCGUCUAGAUCCUUCCACCUUCACCGUCCUCAACAGGCUGAUGGUGUGUGAACUCGCAGGAAACCCGUUCCACUGUGGCUGUGAUCUCUUCAGCUUUCUUACCUGGCUUGAGGCAUUUAACAAUGUAACCCACACCUAUGACCGCCUCCAAUGCGAAACCCCUGCUGACAUGAAUGGUUAUCCACUCUUAAGCCCAGUGCCUGGACAUGGGAAAAACGCCCGUUACACUCUUCUUACAAUGUGUCGUGAUGGUGUGAUAAUCCCAAGGAUGACCUCCCAGACGCCGGAUCAGGAUGGUUCGGGGAUGGGUUUCGAUAACCCAGAUCAAGGUCUCUACCACCAGCCGACCAUAUUGUCCACCCCGGACCCCACCUACAGUCAUCAGAUUUCUAUGAAGCUUCAAACUGUCUCUCUCUACACUGCCUCUCUGAUUGUGCAGAUCCCACGACCGUACAGCAAGAUGUACAUCCUCUCGCAGUACAACCACACGUUCGUUGCGGACAUAAUGCCCCUCAAAAACAAGAAGGAGAUCAUCACUUUGGACAAACUGAAACCGCACACAAACUAUACCUUUUGUGUGGCUUCUGUGAGCAAGUCUCAGAGGUACAACCACACCUGCGUGUCCUUCACCACGCGAGCUGUGGGGCCAGGGGACCUGCGAGUCAAUUCAUCCACUACCACCCACUACAUCAUGACCAUCCUGGGAUGUCUGUUCGGCAUGGUCAUCGUGCUUGGAUUGGUCUAUUACUGCCUCAGACGACGGCGCAUGCAGGAAGAGAAGCAGAAGGCUAUAAGUGUGAAGAAGACUAUCUUGGAGAUGAGGUAUGGCCCAGAAGCCGCUGCCGCAGUGGCCAAUGACCCAGGUGCCAUGCAGCGUCUCCAGGAGCAGGCUCACCACCAGCACCACCAUUCAGGAGGGGCCGGGGGCAAGUUGCCACAGUCUACUUCUUCAAGCACGGGCAUGCUCCACGGCUCAGCCAACACCAGUUCUUCCCGUCUCUCCACCUUGCCGCAGGUGGAAAAAAUGGCCACAGCCUUCUCUGAGGCAAUCGGUGGCAAGGGCAACUACAUGGAUGUGAGGACACAAGGAGUAGCAGUGGAUGGCAGGGAUGGAGGGGUGGCAGUUGGCGGCACAGGGGUAGGAGGGGAGGUAGCUGUGGAUAUGCGAGGUGGGGCUGAGAAUGGCACAGAGGCUGGGGAGGAUUCGGAUGAUGAUGGCCGUGGCUCAGCAUCAGAGAUCUCCACCAUCGCCAAGGAGGUGGACAAGGUGAACCAGAUCAUCAACAACUGCAUUGAUGCCCUGAAGAUGGAUGCCUCUGCUAAUGUUGUGACCACGGCUGACAAUGCCAACUCUGUAUCCUGCUCCCAGCCUCCUGCUUGCAUUGCAUCCCUUCCCCGAAACCUCCUGCCCCUCUCCCCAGGCCACCCUGGAGAUCAGAUUAUGGCCUCCUCUCCUAAGGUGCAUCCAAAGUCUCACCCCCACCCCCAGCCUCAUCCUCAGUCUCAUCCUCAGCCACAUCCUCAGCCACAUCCUCAGUCACAUCCUCAACCACAUCCUCAGCUGCAUCAGCAGCUUCACCCGCCUUCCAUGGCCCCAGUGCCCCUGGUCAUGCCCCUGUCAGAGCGACCGGGCAUCAGUGGUGGGGGAUUCCUCUCACCUCCUUACCGUGAUCCGCCCCCGGCCAACGCAGUGCGGCCCCUUCAGAGGCAGUUAAGUGCCGACACUGCGGUGAAGAAUCGUUGUGGUGCCCCUGGUGGUGGAUCUUCCAAGGCUACAAGGGUGUAUAGUGUAGAUAUUCCUGAAAAGGCCGGUGAUCCUCCCAAGUACCCUUCAGAAAAAGGCAGCCCUGGGGGUUGUGGUGGAGGGGGAGGAGGUGCAGGAGGUGGUGGAGUAGUUGGCUGCAAUGGGAAUGGGAUGGGAAACAUAAAUGGCGGUGGGGUUAGUGUGAACGGGGGUGGCAUGGGUUGUAAUAACGUAAGCGGAGGUGGAGGCGGGGUAGUCGGCCCUGGACAGCAGCAGCAGCACCACUUGGAGGUCCAGCCAGACUACCACAGCUCCGAGCACCGCCACUCCUUUCCUGCGCUCUACUACGAGGGCGGGAACGAAUCCCCUUCACCAGCCCAGAAGGCCUCAUUCCUCAAACCACUGGGCCGCACCAAGAGGGAUGCCACAGCCACCUACUCCCAGCUCUCCCCGGCUCGUCACCACAACUACAACUCUGGUUACUCCUCCAGUCCAGAGUAUUCCUCUGAGAGCACACUGCGGAUCUGGGAGCGAUUCCGGCCUUACAAAAAAAGCCCCAGAGAGGAAGCGUCCUAUAUAGCAGCGGGUCACGCUCUGCGUAAGAAGGUGCAGUUUGCGAAGGACGAGGACCUUCAUGAUAUUUUGGACUAUUGGAAAGGGGUUUCUGCCCAGCAGAAGCUGUGA